ACAGUCGGCAGAGGGCGUAGGAGUCGCCUAGCACUAUCCGUAGGAAAAACCUCACGUGUUGGUCAAUUGGUAAUCAUAGUAAGUGCGGUCAGCGCUAUAAUCCAACUAGUUUGAGAAGAGUUGGUCCUGUCAUUUACUCACCGUUUGACUGUGUAAUGUCGGAUUGGGAAGCAGAUAACGACGAGGACCCCUCUCAGACAAAUCCCUCAGUGGUGCAGCGGGAGUGGGUGCCAUCGGUAUCUGCGACAAGCAGCCCUUUUGGGGGAGAAAGAAGUUGGGGGACAAAACCUCGUGCGACAGCCGAUCGAGGAGGCCCUCAGUGGGAGAACUGGAGGGAGACCGAGAGGAGGGGCGAUAGCUGGGGAAGGGCACCAGCGAGGGGUGGUAAACGCGAACGAUUUUCUGGGGGAAGGGGAGGCCUGACGUGGAGAAGGGGCGAUAGGGAUGCAGGAUCCAGUGCGCCCCUCUCGUUUAACGUCGAAAGCUCCAUGAUUGGAGCUGUGAUAGGCCGUGGCGGUGCUAAAAUCCGUGAACUUGAAGAAAACACAGGAGCAAGAAUCAAGAUAAACCGAGGGGACUAUGAAGGUGAGGUGAAAAUCUUUGGAAGUAGUGAAGCUCAAAUCCGAGCCAAACAACUGAUUGAUGAACUCAUUGAAAGGAAUUCAGAAAGCGGCCCGAACUACAACAGAAAUGAACAAGUCUCCAGGAGCACAUUUGGUGAUGGCAAGAGGAAUGGAUCCUGCUGGGUCGCACCAGUCCAGAGUACAGAACCAUUACUUCCGAUUGAUUGGGCCGCCAUACGAGAGAACCGUACAAAGUAUGCCGCAAUGAAGUGGGAAGAUCUCCCACCAAUAAAUAAAGAAUUCUACACUGAGGUGAAGAGUGUGGCUGAUUUGACUCUGGGGGAAGUGGCCACGUGGAGGAAAGAAAACAAUAAUAUUAUUGUUGAUGACUUGAAGGAAGGUGACAAGCGGCCCAUUCCAAACCCAGUGCGUACGUUUGAGGAAGCCUUUCAGCAGUACCCCGGAAUCAUGGACAACAUCAUCAGAGUGGGUUUUCAGAGACCAACGCCCAUUCAGUCACAGGCCUGGCCAAUUGUACUUCAGGGAUUUGAUCUAAUUGGCAUAGCCCAGACUGGUACUGGAAAAACCUUGGCCUAUCUUUUACCUGGCUUUAUUCAUUUGGAUUCGCAGCCCAUUCCAAGGGAACAACGAGAAGGUCCUGGGAUUCUGGUCCUUACUCCAACUAGGGAGCUGGCUCUCCAGAUAGAGGCAGAGUGCAGCAAGUACAGUUACAAAGGAAUUACAAGCAUUUGUAUUUAUGGAGGAGGAGACCGUCGGGCACAGAUAAAAGUGGUUACAAAAGGAGUUGACAUUGUUAUUGCAACUCCUGGAAGACUCCAUGACCUUCAGAUGAAUGGAUUUGUGAAUCUGAGGAGCAUUACUUACUUGGUAUUAGAUGAGGCAGACAGGAUGUUGGACAUGGGAUUUGAACCUCAGAUAAUGAAGAUAAUCCUGGAUAUACGGCCAGACAGACAGACAGUGAUGACCAGUGCAACUUGGCCACCUGGUGUUCGUCGCCUUUCAAAGUCUUACCUCAAGGACCCGAUGAUGGUGUAUGUAGGAACUCUGGAUUUAGCGGCUGUGAACACAGUUGAACAGGGCGUUUUGAUUAUUGCCCAGGAGGAGAAGAAAGCUUUUACACUCGAGUUUGUUCAGAAUAUGAUGCCAGAAGAUAAAGUCUUAAUUUUUGUUGGAAAAAAGAUUGUUGUCGAUGACCUAUCUAGUGAUUUCUGUCUACAAGGCAUCCCAGUACAGUCCCUGCAUGGAGACAGAGAGCAGUGCGACCGGGAACAAGCGCUAGAUGACUUUAAAAAAGGUAAGGUGAGAAUACUGAUAGCUACUGAUCUGGCAUCCCGUGGACUUGAUGUGCACGACAUCAGCCACGUUUUCAAUUACGAUUUCCCAAGAAACAUUGAGGAGUACGUCCACAGAGUGGGGCGUACCGGAAGGGCAGGUCGCUCAGGUGUUUCACUGACUCUUGUGACCAGAAACGACUGGAAGGUGGCUUCUGAGCUCAUUAAUAUUCUAGAACGGGCACAUCAGUUUGUCCCUGAAGAGUUGGUGCUGAUGGCAGACCGAUAUGAGAAGCAUCGACUGGAGAAGCAGAGAGAGCGGGAGCUGCUGGAACCUCGUGGUGGAGGUGGGGGAGGCAGUGGCAGGAGGGGGAGAGACCAAGACGGAUAUGGGGGUCGCUCCAGCAGGAGGUUCUGACCUGAACUUUGUCUGCAAACGAGAGGACCAGUGUGUUCUAUAAAGAAUUUACUACACUUUCUGGAAUUUUCUGUUUUAUUUCUAUAUAUAUAUUUACCAGAAAAUGGUGUAUAGUUUAGGAGUUUUCUUCAAUGUAUUAUUUUGUGUGUUUUUUUUUUUUUAUUAUUUUUUUUUUUAUUUUUUUGGUCCUGUCCUGUUUGCAUUUGACAAUUAACUAAUUUAGCUUUCUUUGUUUUUAGCAUCACAAUGGCACAGAACCAAAUGUUUAAGGUCCUUUGCCAAAAGUGCUCUUUAUUACCCGUCCUUUUUUAUUUUUUAAUAUUAUGUGUGUGUACUCUCAAUUUAAGCUUUUUAGAAGCAGCAGUUUGUUUCAGAUAGAGCAGCAACAGUUCAUUGCUCGGGUAAUGUCGUCUUGAAGUGUUGAGUACACAGGAAUUCAGUAGGGAAGUGUACCGAGUAACAGUAAAUGAAACCAAGUAACAGCAUUAUUCGAUGGAGGCGUUAGGGUUUUAUGGGAAGUUUGCACUGGAAGAAAGUCCAGUAAUGUUAAGGUUGUGAGAAAAGCUGUUGCUACUAAAAUGCUUUUGAAACGUACCAAAUGCAUAUAUUUGUCAUGGUGGAGAUGUACAAAACUGACAUGAUCUCUGAAAAGGUAUAGAAUAUACAAUAUAUGGGUAUGUAAAUGAAUAUAGUAUGAUUUAGUUUGGAAACACCAUUGUUCAUCUUAGUUAAAGUUGUAGUAAGUUUUUGUUUUACUUUGUCUGUUUUAUUCAGCAGAUGUUAUAUGCACUGGGUUUAUUUGAUUGAUUAUUCAAUAUUGUGUAUUUCUGUAUCAUUUAUUUAAGGGUUAUAUUUAGGUUAUUGAUAUCCAAGAGUGGAUUCUCUGCACUCACUCAGUGUAAGUUUAAUUUCAGAAAUCUCCUAAAAAGUGUGUGUCGUUCUUGAAUGAUCUUUAACUGUAGCAAUGAAGUAUUUGAAACUGUUCUGACCUAGAGUUUUUCAUUAAACCUGCUUCUAAAAUCA